GUUGCUUUUUGUCCUCUUCGCCGGUCCUUAAGCCUUGAGGUUGAGCCCAGGCCAAAACUAGGACCCCAGCCUGGGUCUCCGCUGCUCCGCGCCAGCCCGAGGCCCGGUCUUUGGUGACGGCGCGCCCCUGGUCUUAGUUUCGGGCCCGGCGGAACAACGCCUGGCGUCUGGACUCCUUCAGUGAUCGCGCCCGUCCGCAUCCGCCGACGUCUCCAUUGCCUAGCAAGAGCCACCCGAGGCUGGCGACACUGACUUGCCGGGGAGUCGUAGCCGGGCGGGUAACUGGAGUUUGAGCAGGAUGAAGUUAAAGGAAGUAGAUCGUACAGCCAUGCAGGCAUGGAGCCCUGCCCAGAAUCACCCCAUUUACCUAGCAACAGGAACAUCUGCUCAGCAAUUGGAUGCAACAUUUAGUACCAGUGCUUCCCUUGAGAUAUUUGAAUUAGAUCUUUCUGAUUCAUCCUUGGAUAUGAAAUCCUGUGCCACAUUCUCCUCUUCUCACAGGUACCACAAGUUGAUUUGGGGACCCUAUAAAAUGGAUUCCAAAGGAGAUGUCUCUGGAGUUCUGAUUGCAGGUGGUGAAAAUGGAAAUAUUAUUCUCUAUGAUCCUUCUAAAAUUAUAGCUGGAGACAAGGAUGUUGUGAUUGCCCAGAAUGACAAGCAUACUGGCCCAGUGAGAGCCUUGGAUGUGAACAUUUUUCAGACUAAUCUGGUAGCUUCUGGUGCUAAUGAAUCUGAAAUCUACAUAUGGGAUCUAAAUAAUUUUUCAACUCCAAUGACACCAGGGGCCAAAACACAGCCUCCAGAAGAUAUCAGCUGCAUUGCAUGGAACAGACAAGUUCAGCAUAUUUUAGCAUCAGCCAGUCCCAGUGGCCGGGCCACUGUAUGGGAUCUUAGAAAAAAUGAACCAAUCAUCAAAGUCAGUGACCAUAGUAACAGAAUGCAUUGCUCUGGGUUGGCGUGGCAUCCUGAUGUUGCUACUCAGAUGGUCCUUGCCUCUGAGGAUGACCGGUUACCAGUGAUCCAGAUGUGGGAUCUUCGAUUUGCUUCUUCUCCACUUCGUGUCCUGGAAAACCAUGCCAGGGGGAUUUUGGCAAUUGCUUGGAGCAUGGCUGAUCCCGAAUUGUUAUUGAGCUGUGGAAAAGAUGCUAAGAUUCUCUGCUCCAAUCCAAACACAGGAGAGGUGUUAUAUGAACUUCCCACCAACACACAGUGGUGCUUUGAUAUUCAGUGGUGUCCCCGAAAUCCUGCUGUCUUAUCAGCUGCUUCGUUUGACGGGCGUAUCAGUGUUUAUUCUAUCAUGGGAGGGAGCACAGAUGGAUUAAGGCAGAAACAAGUUGACAAGCUUUCAUCAUCUUUUGGGAAUCUUGAUCCCUUUGGCACAGGACAACCCCUUCCUCCAUUGCAAAUUCCACAGCAGACUGCUCAGCAUAGUAUAGUGCUGCCUCUGAAGAAGCCACCCAAGUGGAUUCGAAGACCUGUCGGUGCUUCUUUUUCAUUUGGAGGCAAACUGGUUACAUUUGAGAAUGUCAGAAUGCCUUCUCAUCAGGGAGCUGAGCAACAGCAGCAGCAGCACCACCAUGUGUUCAUUAGUCAGGUUGUAACAGAAAAGGAGUUCCUGAGCCGAUCAGACCAACUUCAGCAGGCUGUGCAGUCACAAGGAUUUAUCAAUUAUUGCCAAAAAAAAAUUGAUGCUUCUCAGACUGAAUUUGAGAAAAAUGUGUGGUCCUUUUUGAAGGUGAACUUUGAGGAUGAUUCUCGUGGAAAAUACCUUGAACUUCUAGGAUAUAGAAAAGAAGAUCUGGGAAAGAAGAUUGCUUUGGCCUUGAACAAAGUGGAUGGAACCAGUGUGGCUCUUAAAGACUCUGACCAAGUAGCACAGAGUGAUGGGGAGGCGAGCCCUGCUGCUGAAGAGCAGCUCUUGGGAGAGCACAUUAAAGAGGAAAAAGAAGAAUCUGAAUUUCUACCCUCAUCUGGAGGAACAUUUAAUAUCUCUGUCAGCGGGGACAUUGAUGGUUUAAUUACUCAGGCUUUGCUGACGGGUAAUUUUGAGAGUGCUGUUGACCUUUGUUUACAUGAUAACCGAAUGGCUGAUGCCAUUAUAUUGGCCAUAGCAGGUGGACAAGAACUGUUGGCUCGAACCCAGAAAAAAUACUUUGCAAAAUCACAAAGCAAAAUUACCAGGCUCAUCACUGCAGUGGUGAUGAAGAACUGGAAAGAGAUUGUUGAGUCUUGUGAUCUUAAAAAUUGGAGAGAGGCUUUAGCUGCAGUAUUGACUUAUGCAAAGCCGGAUGAAUUUUCAGCCCUUUGUGAUCUUUUGGGAACGAGGCUUGAAAAUGAAGGAGAUAGCCUCCUGCAGACUCAAGCAUGUCUCUGCUAUAUUUGUGCAGGGAAUGUAGAGAAAUUAGUUGCAUGUUGGACUAAAGCUCAAGAUAGAAGUCACCCUUUGUCUCUUCAGGAUCUGAUUGAGAAAGUUGUCGUCCUUAGAAAAGCUGUGCAACUCACUCAAGCCACAGACACUAGUACUGUAGGAGUUCUCUUGGCUGCAAAGAUGAGUCAGUAUGCCAAUUUGUUGGCAGCUCAGGGCAGUAUUGCUGCAGCCUUGGCUUUUCUUCCUGACAACACCAACCAGCCAAAUAUCAUGCAGCUUCGUGACAGACUUUGUAGAGCACAAGGAGAGCCUAUGGCAGGACACGAAUCACCUAAAAUUCCAUAUGAGAAGCAGCAGCUGCCCAAGGGCAGGCCUGGAUCAGUUACUGGCCAUCACCAGAUGCCAAGAGUUCAAACUCAGCAAUAUUAUCCCCAUGGAGAAAAUCCUCCACCUCCAGGUUUCCUAAUGCAUGGAAAUGUUAAUCCAAAUAUUGCCAGUCAGCUUCCUACAUCUCCAGGUCAUAUGCACACACAGGUACCACCUUAUCCACAGCCACAGCCUUAUCAACCAGCCCAGCCGUAUCCCUUCGGAACAGGGGGGUCAGCAAUGUAUCGACCUCAGCAGCCUGUUGCUCCUCCUACUUCAAACGCUUACCCUAACACCCCUUACAUAUCUUCUGCUUCCUCCUAUUCUGGGCAGUCUCAGCUGUACGCAGCACAGCACCAGGCCUCUUCACCUACCUCCAGCCCUGCUACUUUUCCUCCUCCCCCUUCCUCUGGAGCAUCCUUCCAGCAUGGCGGACCAGGAGCUCCACCAUCAUCUUCAGCUUAUGCACUGCCUCCUGGAACAACAGGUACACUGCCUGCUGCCAGUGAGCUGCCUGCGUCCCAAAGAACAGAAAACCUGUCUAUCCAAGACCAGGCACCUGUGUUGGAAGGUCCUCAGAAUGGUUGGAAUGACCCUCCAGCUUUGAACAGAGUACCCAAGAAGAAAAAGAUGCCUGAAAACUUCAUGCCUCCUGUCCCCAUCACAUCACCAAUCAUGAACCCGCUGGGUGACCCUCAGUCACAGAUGCUGCAGCAACAGCCUUCAGCUCCAGUACCACUGUCAAGCCAGUCUUCAUUCCCACAGCCACAUCUUCCAGGUGGCCAGCCCUUCCAUGGCAUACAGCAACCUCUUGGUCAAACAGGCAUGCCACCAUCUUUUUCAAAGCCCAAUAUUGAAGGUGCCCCAGGGGCUCCUAUUGGAAAUACCUUCCAGCAUGUGCAGUCUUUGCCAACAGAAAAAAUUACCAAGAAACCUAUUCCAGAUGAGCACCUCAUUCUAAAGACCACAUUUGAGGAUCUUAUUCAGCGCUGCCUUUCUUCAGCCACAGACCCUCAAACCAGGAGGAAGCUAGAUGAUGCCAGCAAACGUUUGGAGUUUCUGUAUGAUAAACUUAGGGAACAGACACUUUCACCAACAAUCACCAGUGGUUUACACAACAUUGCAAGGAGCAUUGAAACUCGAAACUACUCAGAAGGAUUGACCAUGCAUACCCACAUAGUUAGCACCAGCAACUUCAGUGAGACCUCUGCUUUCAUGCCCGUUCUCAAAGUUGUUCUCACCCAGGCCAAUAAGCUGGGUGUCUAAAAAGACAGCUUCUCUUCCACUCAAUAUUGCCAUUUUUCCAAAGAAACAUGUUAAAGAAAAAAAAAUUGUAAGACAUGGACCAGUCCUCGUUAGCAUGUUUCGUAGCAGCCAGUCAAGAGCAUUUACACUAUUUCUGCAGAUAUACUUAACCUUAGAACUGCUCAGAACCCUGGUGCUUUAUUUUUGUUUUAAUCUUUUGUUGCCAGUGAUGAUUUUCCUAUUCUGCAAAUAGUGUAUUUCCUGGAUUACACAUAGUAUGGUUUCCGGAAGUAUUCUGAUAAAUGUGUUUUCUAAAACCUCAAUAUACUUUUUAGAAAAGGAGCAUCUGGUUAUACAUAAAGCAGAGCUAAAACUAAAUUUCUUUCAUGUCCUCCCUACUUCCUCCAUGUCAAUCAGAUUAAAGUGUGUAAUCCUA